UAUGCAUAUUACAGAUGCAUUUUUAAGUUUCAAAAGUGCUUUCUGCAAAAGCACUUUCAUAAUGCCGUACUAGUUUCAUUGUUCCAAAACCCCAGCGUACAACUCUCCUCCCGCCGGUCCAAACAUCCACGGCGGCCUAACUUGUUCCCCAUUUCUCUCUUCCCUCUCCCUUUCUUUCUUCUAUCUCUGCAACCUGCCGAACCAUAACCAGAACCAGAACCAAACGCGACCUUUCCAUCUUCCCGAUCGUUCGAUUCGAUUCCCAAUUUCAGAUGGAAGCUACCCCUUCCUCCACUCUCUCUCUGCCGAAACCCAUCGACAUCUCCUCUGACCAAUUGAGGUUUUUGAACCACCAUUUCCCAGCCCAGGAAGAUGUUCUUCACAAAGCUCCUCCUCUUUUGGCAGCACUUCGCUCUCACUACUCUGAUUUGAAUUCUCAUCUCCAAGCGCUCCAAACAGCUCUCACCCAACGCACCGUGUCCUGGAUUCGCCUCUCGUCUUCGGCGAAAACCACCCUCCACAAUCUUCACAUCAGUCUUCAGAAUCUCAGCCUCCUCACUUCCCAGUAUGGGAGUGGCUUGAAGAAGUUGCAGCGAGUUUUGGGUACGGAACUGCCUCAGCUUGCUAGGGAAGUGUUGCGAAUUGAGACCAUUCGCAGUUAUCUUGAGACUACUCUACAGUUAGAAGCUCGGGUUGGAGAUCUAGAAGAUGCAGUUUUCUGUUUUGUGAAUUUCCAUGGUGGAAAAAUGUUCUCUGGAAUGCUUUCAAAUUCAUCUGAUGCUGGAACAAAGCACGAAAAGUUGCUUCAAGCCAUAAAAGCAUUGAAUGAUUUGGAAGUGUUGGUUGAUGUUAUGAAACUUCGACCACAGUGGUAUCAUCUUUUGACAUCUGUUGAUGGGAGGGUGGAUAAAACUUUGGCUAUUCUUCGUCCACAAGUUUUUGCCGAUCACAGAUCUCUUCUUGCUUCUCUGGGAUGGCCUCCAAAACUUUCAACAUCACAAAUAGAAAGUGAGAAAAUCGCAGGUCUCCCAAACCCAUUAGUUUUAAUGCAGGGAGAAAAAAGAAAGAGUUAUUCAAAUAGCUUUUUAGCUCUCUGUGCUUUACAGCAUCUACAAACAAGGCGUGAAAAACGACAGCUUAAUCUCUUAGGACAAGAGGUGUGCAUGAUACAGCUUUGGGCUAUUGAUGAGUUGGUGUCUCCUAUUGCCUCACGGUUGGAAUACCACUUUUCCAAGUGGAUUGACCAGCCUGAACUUAUAUUUGCUCUUUCACACAAAACUACAAGGGGUUUUAUUGCAGGAGUUGAUGAUGUGUUGCAGCCUCUGAUUGAUAAAGCAAGAUUGGUAAACUAUAGUGCUAAAGAAGCUUGGGUUGCUGCCAUGGUACAACUGCUCUCUGAAUUUUUGGCGAAAAGCAUUUUUACAGAUCUUGCAGAAAGAUACCAGGACAAACAAAUGAAAUCUGAAGUUAUAGAAUUAUGGCUUCAUCUGGUCGACCUUAUAGUUUUAUUUGAUAAACAAAUGCAGUCACUUGUAAGUUCAGAUGUCACUCUGUUUCUGACAGAGUCAGAAAGGGUGGAAAGUCUUUCUGGAAGCAUUUCAGCGUUGAUGGUGUUCUGUAAAAGGCCGGAUUGGCUGAAGAUUUGGGGAAAGAUGGAGCUUAAAAAUGCCUGUAGGAAAUUCAAAACAGAUUUGAAAUCUGAAAGAGCUUGGUUGGUUGAUGAAAGACAUCAAGAUGCCUUGCAAUUGGAUACGGAAUUUGAGCAGUUUCUUCUUUCAACUAGAGAAGACUACAGAGCUCCGUUAAUUGCAGAAUCUGCCCUUAGAAUCACCUGGGAAAUGGUUGAAAAAUGCCAAACUAUGCCUUCCACUUUAGCACGUAUACAAUUUGUUAGGUCAACUGCUGUCAGAUUCCUCUGGUACUUUUUUAAAGUUUUGCUUCUACGGUGCAAUAAAACUGAAAUUUCUCCUGACAAUCUUGAUGAUGAUGCCUUAGUUAGACUAUCUGGAUCAGUUAAUGCUUCCAAAUAUGUCGAAUCCAAACUUCGACAGUGGAGUGAUGAUGUGAACUUCUUGGAGAUGAAAGUUGCUGAAAAUGAUACUAGUGACCAGGAGAAAGAUGACAGUACUGAGAUCAGUUUCUUCAGAGAAGAAAUAAAAAGCUUGUCAGAGCUUGCAACUAACUGGUUGUUGGAGAUCAUUUCUGUUCUCCUUCGUCAAUUUGAAACUCUUUCAUGGGAAUAUGUGCAAAAGGUGAAACAUUAUGACCAACAACUAGAAGGCUUGACUCCAGUGGAAAUAUCAGCAGCCAUGGAUAUAACUAUAUCAGUUGAUUUCAUUGAACCGUUAGAUGUUUUGAGAAGUCAUCUCAUGCUUUUGAGAAUGCGUCUUAAUCCCAAAGACUUCUUAGAUCUGUGGAGAAGUGUUUCUGAGGGACUUGACCAUUUCAUAUCUUCCAGUGGUAUCGGAUGUGGUAUUCAACCUUUUGAUAAUAGGAUCAAACAGUUUGAAACGGAUAUGCAAGCAUUGUUUUCUGUUUUCCAGCCUUUUUGUGUUCGGCCUGAAGCAUUUUUUCCCCGUACUAUAGAGACCAUAAAGCUACUGAAAAUGAACAAAGGAAGAAGGUGAAGCAUUUCAGGUGUACCUUGGCCUAGUUGCCCAUAUACGAGUCCUUGGACCAGUGCAAUGUGGGGAAACAGCAAUAUAUCUGAAAUGGGAGCAACCAUAGUAGCAUGUCCAUGUUCCAUGGUUCCCGCCACUCUAGUAGCUGUUGGACCUUGCUAGCAACAGAGGAAGUCUUGCAGACCCUUUUCGGCAGUCAUCCAUAAACCUCACUAGGCCCUAAAAUGGCCAAAAAUUGUGAAGGUGCUGGGUGCGGUGGUAGCUGCAGGCUGCAUCUUCCCUAUCAUUGAGGCACAUCAGUCAACAAGAAUCCUGGUGGUGGCAUUUGCGAUUGUUAUGCUGGCUUUUGCUCAACCACGGUGUGGCGUGCUGCAUAACAUAAUGGUUGGCUGCAAUUACGGUAUCAUUUGAAGAUUAUUGACGGCAUAUUUUAACCCGGUUAUCAAGCUCAUAAACCGAAACGCCUGAGGAUCAGAUAUGUGUCAAAAGCUGUAAAAGGAGCAAUACAUUUCGCAAUGUUUAAAGAAGGCAGGUUUUUUGUGUGUUAAUUGAUUUUUAAGGAUUUUCCUUUUUUUUCUAUUUAACCCUGUCUCAGCCAACUUCACUUAAGUGGGAUAACGCUUGGUGGUUGUCUGUCUAUUUAACCACUCUUGGUUAGGACCAAAAUGUAUGGAUUGUAGCAGUAACACUCUUAAGAAUACUGAAUUCGAAUGUGCGUUCGUGCUUCAUUUACAGGCAAUUUUUUGUGAAUAUAGAGGAUGUCAUUUUA